UACGACAGUAUGAGGCGUGUACCGACUACGAAAACACGUUUUCCUUGUGGUCACAUAAAUAAACAAACACAUUGAAUUCUUACAUAUUAAUGUAACUUAGUAGCAUAUUACUACGCGUUAAUAAUAAUUUAAAAUAAAUUACAUUAAAUAGAAAACAGUGCUACUUUAAACAGAAAAACGUAUUUCGAAGAAUCAGUGGAUAUUGAAAAUUGGAAACGAUCUUUUUUAUUUUCAAGGCCAAAAACUAAAAAAAUACGUAGAUUAAUUUAAUUUGCAAGAAAUUAUUAAAACAAACAAAAGCGCAAAUAAGUAUAAAAAUGUGGUAAAUUAGGUUAGAAUUAAUUAAUUUUAGCAAUGUUUGUUUUUAAAGUGCUGUUUAUUUUGACACUCGGUCGAAAUGUUCUGACUCAAAGAAAUGUUGGCGAUCAAUGUGUGGACCAAUACACCAAUACCGUAGGGCAGUGCGCGCCAGCUCCACAGUGCGAAUCUGCCCGACAAGACUUUCAACAAAACGGAAUAAGGCCGACUUUCUGCUCGCAGUCGUUCGACAGCGCCAUAGUGUGCUGCAGAGAUGGCAACAACAUAUUCCAAACGGCACCGCCGCAAGUUGUACACAAGAAUGGGGACAGGCCUAUUUGGGGCACAUCUGAUGCCAGCAGCAACGGACAAACAGACAGAAGACGAGUCAGUCAGAGAAAGUGUGAAGAAUACAGCAAGUCCGUGGUCCAGACCUUCAGUUUUGUGCCCCUAGUCCCGGACCCAGAGACGGUGUCCAUAUCCGCGCCAAAAUGCGACUACGGCAAAGUAGAGCUGAUUGUUGGUGGAGAGAACGCUCAGCUUGGGGAGUUCCCGCAUAUGACAGCUAUAGGCUGGGUAAACUUCGAGGAUUCAUACUCCUUCAACUGCGGUGGCAGCCUCAUAAGCCCCCGCUGGGUGCUUACUGCUGGGCACUGCACUAGGGACCCUCGGGCUCGUGACCCUAACCCGGCCAUAGUCAGGCUGGGGGACCAGAAUAUUGACCCCAGCGUGCAAGACGGGGCCACUCCUGUCGAGGUACCCAUAAAACGAAUCGUAAAACAUCCCGACUACAAGCCACCCCGCCGCUACAACGACAUCGCCCUACUAGAGCUGGCCACAGACGUGGAUUUCAGCAACACAAUACGCCCCGCGUGUCUUUGGCAGAGAAAUGACUUCGACAGCUACACAAAAGCACUAGCUACGGGAUGGGGAGUCACCGACGUCAAUACGAAGGAGACAUCAAAAGAGCUCCAAAAAGUGUCCAUCUCACUGCUGGACAACGCAUACUGUGAUCAGCUACUUGCCAACUCGAGGAAUAGAAACUGGCAAGGAUUUUGGCCCUCGCAAAUGUGUGCAGGAGAACUGCGCGGAGGCAGGGAUACGUGUCAGGGGGACUCAGGAGCCCCACUGCAGGUGGCAUCUCGUGACAACCAGUGCAUCUUCCACGUGGUGGGUGUGACGUCAUUCGGCGCGCAGUGCGCGCGCAGCGGCCGCCCCGCCAUCUACACGCGCGUCGCCAGCUAUCUGGACUGGAUAGAGAGCGUCGUAUGGCCUAAUCAGUAGCCAAAACAUGUAUACAAUUUUUAGGAUAAUAUAUUUUUUAAAUGUGUAA